ACCGCUGCUUCCCAGUAAAGAAUGGCUGCUGAUUGGCCGGCGCAAUCAAAACGCAACCUGGUCCAUGCGUUUGGUCUCCACUCAGCCACUUUAUCGCAACGAUUUUUUUUUUCUUCCAGUCUCCCCUGCCCCUCGGAGCCGCGUCCACCUGCGCGCCGAAUCCAGAUGGCCAUCCCAACCCCUCAAUUUUUCCGUUCUCAAGACGGGAAGCUCCAAACCUUCUAGGAUGGCUGCCGUUGAAUCUUUUUCUGCCUCAGGAAUAGGCCAAUAGAAUUACUCAAGCCUCAUCCCACCUGAACAGUGGAUCGAUUGCCUGCCUUGUCUUUGAUCGCAUACUCUCUUG